CUUUACACUCUACAUGAGGAACAACAUCGGGGCGGGGGGCAAGAAAGUCAAAAAGAAGGAAGGAAGAAUGUUAAAAAGUGAAACAUGCUGAAACCUUUGCUGCAAGAACUGCACAGAUCCACCUAUGAAAGAAAAGCUGAUAUUUUUUUUUUUAUUCUACCCAUGUCCAUCUUGUGAUACCAGGAACUGUUCUUAAAUCUGGAGACCCAUCCCUUGGCUUGGGCACACACCAUUGUUGCCAGCUAUUUUUUACAAGCACUCUGAACAGCCCUUUUUAUUGCCUUCUUUCCUGAAACCUCUAAACCUGGUUGACUUGUCAGGGUACAUUUCACACAUUCCUGCUGGCAAGCCUGAAGGAUACGCCUUGUUCGCUCGCUGCUGGAGGGAUAGAAAGCUGCUGGUACAGUCUUACACUUUUCUUCUCGCUGUGAAGUGGCUACAGAAGGCAUUGGUAGGAUCCCUGGAGUUGGGGAAUCACAGGAUGAAGUAACUCAGGUGGAACAUCCCAAGCAUAAACUCUGAGUAAUCUCAGUGGUGAUCUUGGGGAGGGGGGAGCAGGAGAUAAUCAGUACCAUGGACUCAACAUCACCAUCAAGUCCAUGUACAUCUUUCUUGUGUCACCUUUAUUUUUAGGCCCGGACAAAUAUUUCCAGGUAUGGAAGAGACAAAGAAUAAUUCCACAAAGCUGAGCAGAACCAAACAGCCAGUGAAAACAGAAUGGGGGGCCCAUUACAUGGUGUUAACCUACUUCCAAGGAGACACUAAUAGCAUGGUGGAUGAGCAUUUCUCUAGAGCUUUGAGUGUCACCAAAAACCCGCAGAACCUGAGUAGAAACAACAGUGCUGAAGAAAACCACAGACCUUCCCAUGAGUGGGGUCUUUCACCCCACUGGGCGAAGCCCUAUGGUGCGUCCUCCCCGUUGAACCUCUGUGCUUCCGAGGAGAACACAGCUGCUCCUGCGAUGGAUCUCUACCAGCCCUCCCUUCUCCAGGGUGCCUCUCCGGCGACCGCUGAGCUCUGGCCCUUGGCUUCUGGGGGCGAUCCAAGUUUGACCACAGUUUCGAGGUACCCAGCUUCUGAUCUGCACGUGGCACAAGGUGGCAUGUCGGAUGAGAAAUAUGGUUCACUGUUAGGCCUCUUGGAACAAGAAAGAUGUCCUCGACCCAUCCGAGAGCCUGCCGAUUCCCGAUCGGCUUGUCUUACUGGUUCGGCUAGGUUGCAAAAUAUGAGCCAGAGGUAUCCCUGCUAAUGGCCAAUUUGCGCUUUUAAAAAAUGGACCUAUUUGCCUAUUAUUUCUUCUCAAAAGACUUUCUGGGGACUGUUGAAAAUCACAGGAGCUGUAAUUAAGAAAAGUAGUCAAAUGCCAGUGAACCCUC